CGCUAGACACCUCCGCCAACGCAGCCCCGUUGACCCCCCCACAGUCAGGGAAGAUGGCAGUCGCCAAGCAGUCCAAGAUGUCCAAGUAUGCUAGCUAUCUCUUGCUAGCGCUCACGCACCCGGACGAGCUCAAGGCGGCGAUAUCCUACUCGCUCUGGCGUGAUCCGCUCAACCGAAUUGAGGACGACCGAGAAGCGAGUGGACUGGACAGACAUUCCAUGCAGCGAUGCUGGUUCUUCCUCGACAUGACCUCUCGCUCCUUUGCAGCAGUCAUCAAGGAGCUCGAACCCCCCGUUGCGCGUGCUAUUUGCAUCUUCUAUCUCGUUCUGAGAGGCCUCGACACCGUAGAAGAUGACAUGACCAUUCCCCUCGCCACGAAGGAGCCAGUGCUCGUCAGCUUCCACGAACGGCUGAGCGAGAAAGGCUGGACAUUCACCGGCAAUGGCCCCGAUGAGAAGGACAGACAGCUCCUCGUGGAGUUUGACAAUGUCAUCCAGGAGAUGGCUUUGCUCGACGAAGGUUAUCGCACCGUCAUCACUGACAUUGCACGGGAGAUGGGCGCAGGCAUGGCAAAGUACGCUCGCAUGGCAGACGAGAACGCGGGUGUCUUCUCGGUCGACACACUCGCCUCCUUUGAUCUGUAUUGCCACUACGUUGCCGGACUCGUCGGCGAAGGGCUCUCGCGCAUCUUCGCUGCCAGCGGACGAGAAGAUCCUCAACUGGGGAAGCAACUCACGCUGAGCAAUAGCAUGGGGCUCAUGCUGCAGAAGACAAACAUCCUUCGCGACUUUAGGGAGGAUAUCGAUGACGGGCGGCUCUUCUGGCCAAAGGAGAUCUGGGGAAAAUACGCAAAAGAGCCGAGAGAUCUCACACUCAAGGAAAACAGCGAGGCUGCACGAUGGGCACUGAGCGAGAUGACCGUCGACGCUCUCACGCAUGCAGUCGAUGCCCUCAAUUAUCUCACCUUGCUCAAGGAUCAAGCUAUCUUCUGCUUCUGUGCUGUUCCGCAAGUCAUGGCGAUCGCUACACUCGAGGAAUGCUUCGACAAUCUCGAUGUCUAUCAGAAGAACGUCAAGAUCCGGCGGACACUGACUGCUUCUCUGAUCUACAAGACUGCCAAUCCGAGAGACGUCGCCUACUUUUUCCGUCACUUUGUUGGCAAGAUCAAUCAGCGAAAAUCACCCGCCGAUCCAUCAUACAUCAAGCUCAGCGUGCUAGGCGGACAGAUUGAUCAAUGGUGCGAGACGAGGUACCCAUCUUGGGUAAAGCCCACAGAGGGCAGACAGAUCCCCUCGACAGUCGAGGAAGCGACUGCGCAGGGAUUUUCAGACGCCCGCAUUCGCCAAUUACCUUCGCUGUCCGAGGAUGCCCAGUAUGCGGCAGAACAGCUACGUCUAGAGAGUGGCAAGAUGACGUCGGAAGAUAUCCGCUUCAUCUCAAUUGUCGUCGCUUUCGUUGGUCUCAUUGCUGCUUUGCUAGCAGGCAUCGUUGCGCUGGCUAUUUGGUACAUCAACCAGCCGGGCGAUGUGUCGGUCGCAGAUGUACACAAGAUUGAAUUGUAAUUGCACGCCAUGAUGACAACAAC